AUGAGCGAACCAGAGCGUCAGAAGGCGGCCGUUCCAGGAAGCUCCAGCCAGGCGUUCGCGAUGGCGAUGGCAGCAGCAGGAGAAACCUCAGCGCAGAGUUCUCCAAUGCCCGGUUUUGAGACACCUAUUGAGCCAGAUUCUGCGUCGAAUGCGAGUAGUCCAGGAAGCUCGAGUGGAGGGACGAAAUCGCUCACAGAGAGCGUCUAUGAGUUCACCAAGGAAAAUGGUCGAACAUAUCAUGGUUAUCGGGCCGGCACGUACCACUUUCCCAAUGAUCCAACUGAGCGCGACCGGUUAGAUUUCCAAUACGAGAUACUCAAGUAUUGUUUUGAAGACCGUAACUACUUUGCGCCCCUUAAGAACCCAACGCACAUCCUCGACAUCGGAACAGGAACAGGACAGUGGGCAAUCGAGAUGGGUGAUGAGUUCCCCGAGGCCCAAAUCGAGGCAACAGAUCUAUCACCAAUUCAACCUGACACUGUUCCUGAGAAUGUCCGAUUUUUUAUUGACGAUGCAAGCGAGGAGGACUGGGCGCUUCCCCCAUCACACUUUGACUAUAUCCAUACCAGAGUACUACUUGGAUGCUUUACGGACUUUCGACAAGUCAUUAAUAGAGCCUUUCACUACACCAAACCUGGCGGAUACAUGGAGAGUCAAGAGAUGAUGUCCACGCUGUAUUGCGAUGACGGGAGUAUGCCGGCAGAUUGGCCUUUCUUGGAUUGGAAUCAAACUAUUGAUUAUGCUGCGAUGGAAGCGGACAGGCCCAUGAGAAUCGCAAAUAAGCUGAAGCGAUGGUAUGAGCAGGCGGGUUUUGUGGACGUGCAAGAAAAGGUCUUUAGGCUUCCCGUAAACAGCUGGCCGAGAGAUAAACAUUUGAAGACAUUGGGAAAGAUGCAGGAGGACAAUUGGCUAGCCGGCUUAGCUGGGAUCAGCAUGGGCCUCUUCUCGCGGGUCUUGAGUUGGAGCAAGACUGAAAUUGAGGUAUAUCUCGUGAACGUGCGCAAGUCAAUAUCAGACAAGCGUGUCCACGCCUACAACAGAGUAUUCGUGGUCUUUGGGAGGAAACCUCACGAGUGGGAACUGGCACGGACCGCCGCUUCUUCAUCAAAGACCCGACCCGACGGACCGGUUCCGGGUUCAGGUCUGGGUAUUGGCACGCCGGGGCCCUUUAAAUCUCCUACCGCUGAUACCGGACAAGCCAGUCAUAAUCCAGGGCCCCUCCCAUGA